AUGUCAACUUCUACAAAUUCAAAUAAUGAAAAACAACCUACCAUACUCUUGUGCAUAGGUAUGGCAGGCUCUGGCAAAACAACUUUAAUGCAGAGAUUAAAUGCGUAUCUUCACAGUAUCAAGAAAUCACCUUAUAUAAUUAAUCUUGAUCCAGCGGUCACUCAACUUCCAUUUGCCGCAAAUAUAGACAUUAGAGAUACUGUAAAUUAUAAAGAAGUUAUGAAACAAUACAAUUUAGGACCUAAUGGUGGAAUUUUAACAAGUUUAAAUUUAUUUACAACAAAAUUUGAUCAAGUUUUGGAUCUUAUAUCAAAACAUACACCUGGUCAAAUUGAAAUAUUUACAUGGUCAGCUUCCGGAGCCAUUAUCACUGAUGCUUUAGCUGCAUCCUACCCAUGUGUAAUCGCGUAUAUUAUAGAUACGCCUAGAACAACAAGUCCUGCAACAUUUAUGAGUAAUAUCAUUUUAUAUAAAACUAAAUUGCCAUUUAUACUGGUUUUCAAUAAGACAGAUGUCAUCUCUCAUCAAUUUGCUAUUGAUUGGAUGACUGAUUUUGAAUCUUUUCAAGAAGCUCUUCAAAAAGAUACCAGUUAUAUGACUAGCCUUAUGAAUUCCAUGUGUUUGGUAUUAGAAGAAUUUUAUAAACAUUUAAGGGUAAUUGGUGUAUCAGCAAUGUCGGGAUCUGGUAUGGAUAAAUUUUUUGAAGCUGUAGGAGAAGCUGUCAAAGAAUAUGAAGAUGUAUAUAGACCAGAAUUGGAGAGAUUAAUAAAAGAAAAGUCACAACGACAAGAAGCUAAAAAACAAGCGCAACUCACUAAAUUAAUGAGGGAUAUGAAUAUGUCUGAUACUUCGAAAACAAUAGAUCCUGAUUAUAAAGCAAUGAAAUCACAUCAAGAUAAACUCGAGGAUGAAAGUUUUGCUAGAUGGAUAAAGAAAACUAAAGAAGGUGGGGGAUUUAGAAAAAGAUACAAGGGUAGCUCAGAUAUAGAGGAUGAGGAUGAGAUAUUUGGUGGUAUUGAUGAAUUGGUCAUAAUAAUAAUGUGUGCUGCUGGUUUAGCAAUGGCCUUUGCUGGUUUUUUAUUACUACCAUUCACAAUGAUAGCAACUGCAUUAUUACAUGAUGAAAUUCACUCGGAAAAUUAUUAUUUAAGUUGGCUGGAUAGUAAUUUAUUGGUUACUUUGUGGAAUUACACGUUUAUGGGAUGUAAUUUUGCUUUGUUUGUGUUAUUACCUUUUGCCUUUUUCUACAAUGAAACAGAUCAACUUAAAACUUUUUGGGUGAAAGCUCAAGAAACGGCCACGAUUAUGUUACUGGUUGGUGUGCUGAUGUACAUUUUUAUAUACAUGUCAAGAUUGAUUUUAGGAAUAGAAAAUAUCGAUUUUUGGGUUAUAUUGAAUUUGUUGACUUGUAUGGGCGGUGCAUGGAUCUGUUUGAAGGCGACACCGAUCGGUUACAUACAAAUAUUUUCCUGCAUCAGUGAACUUCCAUUGAGACCUAAUUAUCGUAAUCAAUUAAAAGAUUCCUUGAUAGAAAAUGAAAUGGAAACUAGUGUUUUGUUACAACAUUUGGAAAAUGUGGAACGUGGAUGGAAAUCACCUGUUUAUGCUGCUAAUCUAAAAUCUCGUUCUCAAGCUCUAAUGACGGCAACAUCGCCAUCAACAUCUGAAUCAAACUACAACAAUGAUUCAUUACAAUGUUGUUCCUCUUCUGAACAGUUAUAUUCUACAAUUAAUAAUGGAAUUAUUAAUGGCAGUGUUGAUGUCGAUUCUGGUACUGAUGAUCAUAAUAUUAAGAAUGUUUUAGUGAAUAAUGAAGGAAUUCUUAACAGUCUUAAAAUUCUUGAAAAUCAAAGAUCAAGGUUACAACGUGAUCUAUCAAAAUCACCUUUAUAUCGUAAUAUAGCAUUUUUUAUAUUAUUUGUAAUCAGUCAUUCAAUAUGGUUUUUAUUGCUUGGUCACAUAUUAUGGUCAUUUAUUAAAAGUUUAUUGGUGGAUGAUGAACAAAAAGAGUUACAUAAAUUGGAAUCAGUAUUUGGUAAACAAACAAUGUCAAUAUUUGGUAAAUUUGAUACAGUUAGUGAUAUAGCAUUGAUAUUUUAUUUCACAAGUGCAACCAUAAUUGGAGUUUAUUCCAUUCAACCAUUUAAAAGAAUACGUCCAAGAUUUGGCAUUAGUAGUAAUAGUCAUAGCAGAAUGGGCUUGCAACAUAUUAUAGCUAACGUUACGGUUUUAUUGGUGAUUAGCAGCAGUUGGCCCGCUUUAGUUAGAGUUUUGGGAUUGAUAAGACUGGAUUCGGCUGGACCUUAUGAACAAUUUCAUAAAUUAAAUAAUACCGGUCAAUUAUUGGCUAUAGCUUUUCGUCUUGGAGUUUUAAUUACUACGGUGUUUCCUAUUUUGGAUUAUUAUGUUUUAAGAAGUAUAUCUGGUGUGAGAUUGACAAUAGACAAUGAUAGUGGCGAUGGUAACGAUGGCAUUAUUGAUAAUGGUAAUGGUCUUGAGAAUAGCCAUCUAGUUAAUGGGUUUAAUGGUUUGAUUGGUAAUGAGAUUAGUUCGUCUCAUGUGAAUGGUCAUUUAAAUUAUCAUGAUGAGAUGGAUGAAUCAACCUAUAGUUUACAAAGUAAUGAUUAUUAUUACGGGACUGCUGAGGGAAGUCAAUUAAUAACAAAUGGACAUCAUGACAACAAUUUUGAUAAUUAUUAUUAUGAUGAUGACAAUGAAGAUAAUAACAUAGUAAUAAAAGAAGUAGAAGACAAUUAA